AUGCAGUCGUCGGAGGGAUCGCCAGAUAUGAUGGAUCAGAAAUACAACAGCGUGCGCCUGUCGCCAGCGGCAUCAAGUCGCAUAUUAUACCAUGUGCCCUGCAAAGUCUGCCGAGAUCACAGUUCCGGCAAGCACUACGGCAUCUAUGCCUGUGAUGGCUGUGCCGGAUUCUUCAAGAGGAGCAUUCGGCGAUCCCGGCAAUACGUGUGCAAGUCACAGAAGCAGGGUCUCUGUGUGGUGGACAAGACCCACAGGAACCAGUGCCGAGCCUGCCGCUUGAGGAAGUGCUUCGAGGUGGGCAUGAACAAGGAUGCAGUGCAGCACGAGCGGGGACCCAGGAACUCCACUUUGCGUCGCCACAUGGCCAUGUACAAGGAUGCCAUGAUGGGUGCCGGCGAGAUGCCCCAGAUACCCGCCGAGAUCCUGAUGAACACGGCUGCGCUGACUGGUUUUCCUGGAGUUCCCAUGCCCAUGCCUGGUCUGCCCCAGAGACCCCAUCAUCCUGGCCACAUGGCUGGCUUCCAACCUCCUCCGUCGGCGGCUGCUGUCUUGGAUUUAUCCGUGCCUCGAGUGCCCCAUCAUCCGCAUCACCAGGGUCACCACGGGUUCUUCUCGCCCACCGCUGCCUACAUGAAUGCCCUGGCCACCAGGGCUCUGCCCCCCACUCCUCCUCUGAUGGCAGCGGAGCACAUCAAGGAAACCGCCGCCGAACAUCUCUUCAAGAACGUCAACUGGAUCAAGAGCGUGAGGGCCUUCACCGAACUGCCCAUGCCCGAUCAACUGCUGCUGCUCGAGGAGUCCUGGAAGGAGUUCUUCAUCCUGGCCAUGGCCCAGUACCUCAUGCCCAUGAACUUUGCCCAGCUGCUGUUCGUCUACGAGUCGGAGAACGCCAACCGGGAGAUCAUGGGCAUGGUGACCCGCGAGGUGCACGCCUUCCAGGAUGUCCUCAACCAACUGUGCCACCUGAACAUCGACAGCACCGAGUACGAGUGCCUGAGGGCCAUCUCCCUCUUCCGGAAGUCACCACCGUCGGCCAGUUCUACCGAGGAUCUGGCCAACAGUUCCAUUCUCACCGGAAGUGGCAGUCCCAACUCCUCGGCCUCCGCUGAGUCCAAGGGUCUCUUGGAAUCGGGAAAGGUGGCGUCGAUGCACAACGAUGCCCGGAGUGCGCUGCACAACUACAUCCAGAGGACCCAUCCCUCACAGCCCCUGCGGUUCCAGACCCUCCUGGGAGUGGUCCAGCUGAUGCACAAGGUCUCCAGCUUCACCAUCGAGGAGAUCUUCUUCCGAAAGACCAUCGGCGACAUCACCAUCGUGCGGCUCAUCUCCGACAUGUACAGUCAGCGCAAGAUCUAA